AUGAGCGUUAAUGGAGCGGAUGAAGAAUAUGUCGGAGGUAGAGAUUCUACUAAAAACCAGAAACCAAACGAGUUGACAUUUCAAGGCAAUGAAAAACAAAGUAUAAAGUACAUUGGAGCAUGCAGUGAAGUCCCAAUUUCGUGGCUAGAUCACUCACAAGAACCUGUGUUACUUGUCGAGACAGAUCUUAGGAAAGAAUUUUUGUACAUUCUCGAGCAGAGCAGUGACCACGAGAAGCAUGUGUUUGAGCUUUGCGAAAGCGGCUACACGAAGACAUUCGUCUUUGAAAGAUACUUCAACAAGUCUUGGGUUCGCUGGCAUCUCGGUACCAUUGAUCCAUCCUCUUUAAAACUUAAGCAAAGUGACAAUUGUUCCCAAUCAAAGCGCCCGCCGCCUAAGUCUCGCAUGGCAAAUACAAAAAAAUGGGUGGAAACAAACCUCUUAAAUCUGUUAGAACUUUGGAAAGAGGAGCGUGUUCUGGUUCCUGGAAGUGAAGAGGUAAAAACAACCGCAUUUUUAGAAAUGAAGCCUCCGUUGCCGGUUUCCGGUGAGGGCAAGCUAACUGGCUCUGUUCAACACAAACAUCCAACAAUUGACCCCGGAACAUAUCUUCGCAGAAAAUAUUAUGAAGCUCUAUUUACUUUCAGAAUCCCACUUGCGUACUUUGCGAAGUCAAACUUGGUUAGAGCGAGAAAUAUGAGCAAUACCAGCACAAACGAGGUUAUCUCCUACCAAAUGCACCUUGCAGACUUGCUAUUAGAAAUUCACGAUUUCGACCAAAGACACGAUAAUGGUGGAAAAGGGAUCUUAACCUACGAAUUGAGUCCUGACGAUAUAUCCGACAUUCGUGAUAGUUCCUUGGGACGUUUCGAGGACUUGAAGAAGCGAUACUCGUCGCAGUGCUUGGGGGACCUACGGCUCUUAAUUAAAGUUCGUGAGAUAAAGCUUCAAAUGAUGUUGCUUCUUGAACUUAUAGCCAUUAAUCAAAUGGAUAUAAAGCUGAAAGAUUUUGAGGAAAAGUAUAAAACAAAGCUCAAGAAGCGCGCUAAGCGCGUGGCCAGGAAAAACAUGUCCUCAAGAACUGCUCUAAAAAGAGGAAAAGCAGAAUUUGCAAAUCCUUCUCUUGAUUUCUGCGAAAAACUAGACAUUUAUGCAGACAAGCUGUGCAUUAUCGAUACAAUGUUAUUAUCGAGUGUGCCGCCUCAAAAGGACUCACAGGUUGAAAGUUCGAGUAGCGCAUCCUUAGUCACAAAAAUAUCGGAAUACAAAAAGAAUUUGACGAAUUCUGGCAAAGAAAGUUCAACGAUAGGGUUCAUGACAUAUGUGUUAAUACCUUACUUUACCAGAAAAACACCUCACGCAGUUAAGUUUAUUUCGAGGAAAUUCAAGGGCCUGCGCUUAAAUAACAGCACAAGGCCUGAAAAGCCGAACACAUUGGGACUUGUAUCCUCUUUAAAUGAUCCUUCAAACGAACGAGCAACCGUCGAAAUACCGAGCUCUCCACCAUCAGAAGAUAGCUCUAAAACUGCUUCUGUUUGCACUAAUAUCACCUCCCCUCCUAUGCAGCAGCCACCGAAGGCUUUCAAGCGAGUUUCAUUUCCCAACAGGCCUUUGCCGUCCAACAUACGAAGCAAGUCGCAGCUUAGCGAGUUUUUGGAGCUAGAAUCUGGGCUAUCGAAGAAAUUAACAUCCGCAACGCGCGCUAACUCUGAUCUUCUGCUUGACAAGUUACAAAAGCGUCAAAUGCCUGCUACUGAGUUCUCUUUACACAAUACAAAUUCACUAACAAGGGAAAGCUCUUUCAUGCAGAAACAGGUCCAGAGCACCAGGAAUUCAUCUAGCGUCAUGUUCCAACGUGUUGGGAAACGCCUGAAAGAACAAAAAAGAGCAUCUUUGGAAACUGCAAAUUACCUAAAUGUGCAAGUGGAGGCAACGCCUCAUGGCAAGAAAAGUGAUAGUAAUGCUUUGCCGAAGUUCGAUUCCGCUAUCAUAGAGUCGCCCCUGGCGACCACUGAGAAGCCCUCGCAUCCAAGUGGAGUGCCAGUAAAGGCUGGCGCUCCACUCCGCACUCCAUCUCGGCAGUUUGGUUCGCCAACAGGGGACGUACAAGUUCCAGCGAGUGGUGCUAAGGAGCUCGCCAAUACAACAGAUGUGAUAGCAUCCCCACAAAUUGUAAAAACUCGGCGCGUAAGGCGCCGCUUGUUUGCUCCUGAUUAA